UGUGUCGGUAGCCGCUUUCGCAGGACGCGGCGAUAAUAAAGAUUGUACUGAUUUUCUUUUGUGAGCAAAUAUGUAUACGUUUGUUCGUUCUCGUGGAACUGCCGCAGAGAUAUCGCGAGUAUAUAUUGCACUGUAAAUCGCUGCAGAGGCUAUAAAGAAGUGUUUGUAAGAGAUUACCGCGCGCUCUAUAUGCCAUUCGUAUCCUAUUAUCCGCGCCGAUUGAUUGCGCCCGUUUAAAAUAUCUGCAGUGAGUUUGUAGUCGCUUGUGUAUUAUCCUGUCAAGUGAUAUAAAAGCAUUUUGAUAAGAAUCAAAGUAUUUGUCACACAGAAUAUUAUAGUAUCACUUUGUCACAACCAUGUCUUAUCCUGGUCAACCACCCAUGGGUAUUCCGGGAAUGCCUCCGAUGCCAUACAUGGUUGGUGCACCACCGCCAAUUAUAGGAGGAGUAAUGCCCAUGGCUCAUAUGAUUCCAACACCCGUAUCUGCGAUGCAGACAUCCGCACCUGCCGUGCGGUACUCGCGCAAUCAGAAUCGCCACGAUAAUAAUCGAAGACGCGAGAGAGAACCUGGCCCACCUGUCACAGUAUUCAUCGGUAACAUAAUGGACAGAGCGCCAGAUGUGAUGAUACGACACAUCCUGGGCGCGUGUGGACACGUUCUUUCUUGGAAAAGAGUUCAAGGAUUCGGUUUUUGCGAAUUUGCGGGCCCGGAUGCGGGUCUCAGAGCAGUUCGAUUGCUUCACGACAUGGAGAUAGGCACGAAGAAGCUUGUUGUCAAAGUGGAUGCUAAAGCUAAAGUAGUCCUGGACCAAUUUAAAGCUGAGCGAAGAAAGAAACUUAGGGGUGGUCAGUCACCUUUACAAGACGAGACGCCCAAUGACGGAGCCGAUGGCGAAGAGGGUGAAGAUUAUAUGGACGAAGGUAUGAGAGUGGUCGAUGCAGACGCACUCGCUCGAAUCAAUCAGAUCAUAGCUGAACAUACUGCUGAUUUAGAAAUGGCGCAAGUCGCUCCAGAGGAACAUCAGACAAAAAUGGUAACGAAAUCGUUAAACCUGGAUGACGCGGAGAUAGAAGAGAGUAAACGAGAUUUGAUUACUCGGGAAAUUGGCAAAUUCCGGGAAGUCAUGAAGAAGCAGGAGGAGGAGAAGGCCCAGGUGAAACGAAAGAAGGAGGCUGUCGAAAAAGAGGAACGCGAGAAGCGGGAAAAGGAGCGGCGCGAUAAGCGCGACGACGAUGCCUCCAACAAGGAUGAUCAGGACGGAGAUUCUGGUAGUCCUACAUCUCAUAAAGGUCAUAAUGAUAGUACCAGCAGCAGUAGGAGGGACAAACGUCGGUCUAGAUCUAGAUCUAAGGAACGUGACAGAGAUCGAUUGAGGAGCGAACGAGAUCGAGAUCGAGACAGAGAUCGCGAGAGAGAUCGAGAGCGGGAACGAGAGCGGGAGCGGGACCGGGAUCGCGAAAGGGAACGUGAGCGGGAACGCGAGCGAGAUAGGGAAAAGGAAAGAGAUCGGGAACGGGAGAGAGAACGGGAACGGGAAGAGGUGAGGAAGACCGAGAGGGAGAUUAUGCGCGAGAGAGAAGAAGAAGAAGAGGCGAAAGAAAGGAAGAAGAACGAAAGGCGAGCUAGAGAAAAGGAAGCGGCGUACCAAGAACGUCUGAGGGCGUGGGAAACGCGCGAGCGACGCAAACAGAAGGAGUACGAGAAAGAAGCGGAGAAGCGUCGCGCGAAACGCGAGGCCAGGGAAAGGGAGGCAAAGCGUCUCAAAGAGUUCCUCGAAGAUUACGAUGAUGAUCGUGAUGACGCCAAGUAUUAUAAGGGCAAGGAGUUGUCCCGACGGCUCGAGGAACGGGCGUUGGAAGCUGAGGCGGACUCGCGAGAUCGUUGUGCGGAACGUCAGGAGCUCCAGCGUCUACGUGAAAAGUUGUACGCGGACGCCUCUAAUCCGGAUCCAGCUGCAGAGUUUGAAAGGUUGAAAGCUGAAAGAGAGGAACAAUAUAAGCCUAAACCAGUAAUUACUAUAAUCGACGAAGAGGAUGAAAAGGCGGCGAAGAAAGAUAAGGAAGUCAUGCCACCGAUCGAAACCGAGCCAAUAGAGAGCGAUAGCGACGACGGCGUGCAAUUCGACGACGCUUCCCAGCCAGAAGUACCAUCGAGAACGCCGCCGCGACAUCAUCAUCAUCAUCGUCGGCAUCACAGACACCACCAGAAUCAUCAUCGCGACGGCGAGGAGAAUCAGGAAGGACUCGUAGAAGCGGACCGAGAAAGCCUAAAAGAUGCACGGCCAUCGCCUGCGCAUCAAUCGGCCGCGACACCUGCUCAAUCCAUUCCGCCGUCACUGGAUGAAGAUUCGCGUAUGUCUCUUGUCAGUGAACCAGAAAAGACUAGUGGCAGUAAUUUUGUUCCGUUUGCUAUGGGAAGUGGAGGCAACCGUGCUAACGAUCACGGUGUCGGUAGUAAAACGCCAGUCAGUCCCAGCACUACUGCGAAUGCAAAUUCACAGCAGGCGAAUCAAACGCGGAAGAAGGGUCGCAUUGACGUUAAAGAUGUUUUUAAUAACGACGAUGAUGACGAUGCUGCCAAUAACGCGAAGAAACGUAAACUUGUACCUUUAGAUUACGGUGACGAGAAGAAAAAGAAAACUGAGGAUGCCACAAAGCCAGGAAAAGAGGAAAGUACAAAAAGCCAAGAAGAAAAACGAAAGCACAUAAAAUCUCUCAUAGACAAAAUACCUACCGAUAAAAACGCAUUAUUUGGUUAUCAACUUGAUUGGGCAGUCAUUGAUAACACACUAAUGGAGAAGAGGAUAAGACCUUGGAUCAAUAAGAAGAUUAUUGAAUACAUUGGCGAGCCCGAACCUACUUUAGUGGAUUUUAUCUGUAGUAAAGUAAUGGCGGGCAGUUCUCCUCAAGGCAUACUUGAUGAUGUACAGAUGGUACUAGACGAAGAAGCGGAAGUGUUUGUAGUUAAAAUGUGGAGGCUACUAAUCUAUGAAGUGGAAGCGAAAAAAAUGGGUUUAGUGAAGUAAAUGGAACAUCGUCCGACAACAAUCCAUUAACUCAUGGCAAAUAUUGUAUACUAUAUGUGCCGAUGAUUACAAAAGUGGGUUAAGUAAAACAUUUUUUUAAAUUGAUUUUAUCACUUAUUUCGUGUUAUAUCGAUCUGUAAAGUCAAAAUAUCUUAAAAUAAAUAAUUAUUAAAGUUUUUUAUUUGGUCCACUUUUAUAAUCCGGUACAUAUAUUACAAUCGAAUCAUUCGAUUCUUAAUUCUCCCUCUAUUCUUAACUAUCCCUUAUUUUUAAUCAGCUGAUAUUAUAUAAACCUUCCUCCGAUGCUUUUCUCCACUAUUUCAUAUUUACCUAAUAUGAUCGUAUGACUACGCCAUCAUGUGAUUAUGUGAGGAUGCAUAGAAUGAAAAUGUUAUACUAAAAUAUGAUGAAAUGUUUUGUGUGUGUGCUGUUAGGAUAAGAAUGGAGACUGAGGGGAUAGUUUAGAAUAGAUUGUUCUGUUAUGAGUUAUGAUUCGACUGUACAUAUACAAUUUCUUUACUUUCAACAAAGGAAAUGUUUAGAGACCUACGUACCUAUAUGCAAUUUAUUGUCGUAUUAUAAGAACAUUUUCCGAAGCGGGAAACACAAGUGUUGUUCAAUCAAUAGGUGGUCUAAGUGUGUAGUAAUUAUAGCAUUAAAUAAACUUGUAAUUACGAUUUAUAAUA